GCGCGCGCGAGCGAGCGAGCGAGUGAGUGAGAGUGAGAUCAGCUCCAGCAGCCUGAGCGAGGCGGUCACCGAGACGACCAGAGUGAGGAGAUCUAUCAGGACAACAUGGCUACAAUUCCAACCUCGACGAGGUUUACAGACGAGUAUCAGCUUUAUGAAGAGCUCGGAAAGGGAGCUUUUUCUGUCGUCCGACGAUGUGUGAAGAAAUCAACCGGGCAGGAAUACGCUGCCAAAAUCAUCAACACAAAGAAGCUGACAGCCAGAGAUCACCAGAAACUGGAGCGAGAAGCUCGGAUCUGCCGCCUGCUCAAACAUCCCAACAUAGUGCGGCUCCAUGACAGUAUCUCAGAGGAAGGGUUUCAUUACCUUGUCUUUGACCUUGUCACUGGUGGAGAGCUUUUUGAAGACAUUGUUGCUAGAGAGUAUUAUAGUGAAGCUGAUGCCAGUCACUGCAUUAAUCAGAUCCUGGAGAGUGUGAGCCACAUUCACCAGCAUGACAUUGUGCACAGGGACCUGAAGCCAGAGAACUUGCUGUUGGCCAGUAAGAUGAAGGGGGCAGCAGUAAAGCUGGCUGACUUUGGGCUGGCCAUCGAGGUGCAGGGAGACCAGCAAGCCUGGUUUGGUUUUGCAGGCACUCCUGGCUAUCUCUCUCCCGAGGUUCUGAGGAAGGACCCGUAUGGCAAGCCUGUUGACAUCUGGGCAUGUGGUGUGAUCCUGUACAUCUUGCUGGUGGGCUACCCCCCAUUCUGGGAUGAGGACCAACACAAACUCUACCAGCAGAUCAAAGCUGGAGCUUAUGAUUUCCCCUCCCCGGAGUGGGACACUGUUACUCCAGAAGCAAAAAACCUUAUCAACCAGAUGCUGACCAUCAACCCAGCUAAGAGGAUAACUGCUGACCAGGCCCUCAAGCACCCAUGGGUCUGCCAACGCUCCACCGUGGCUUCCAUGAUGCAUCGCCAAGAAACUGUUGAGUGUCUGCGCAAAUUCAACGCCAGAAGAAAACUGAAGGGGGCCAUUUUGACCACCAUGCUAGUGUCUAGAAACUUUUCUGUGGGCCGGCAGCACACGAGCCCCGCCGCCCCCACCACCAGCACGGCUGCGCUGGCACAGGAAGCAUGCAAAAGUUUACUGAACAAAAAGUCUGAUGGAGUGAAGCCGCAGACAAACAACAAUAAAAACAGUGUAGUAAGCAGCAGCACCAAAGACAGCAGCAUAUCAUCCACAGCACCAAUGGAACCACAGACCACUGUCGUGCACAACCCAGCCGACGGCGUCAAGGGAUCCAUGGAGAGUUGUAACACUACAGAAGAGGAGGACAUGAAAGGUAGGAAAGUAUCAGUUGGCAGAGUUAACAGCGACAGCGCAGUGCUCAGCCAAUGCAGUGAGUCUGAGGAGUCACCUCCUCCCCUGAUCCCACCUCCCAGUAAAUUGCAGCCCAGCCCUCAGUGCCCUCCUGCAGCAACCACUCAGCCUAAUGCAAAGCGCAUUGCAUGGAGCAGUAGAGGGCAGAGCUCAUGCCCUGCUGUACCUGUCCUGGCCCCCAUGGCAGCAGCAGGGGGCAGCAGCUCACUGCAGUCACGCAAGCAGGAAAUCAUCAAGAUUACUGAACAGCUGAUUGAAGCCAUCAACAAUGGGGACUUUGAGGCCUAUACGAGAAUCUGUGACCCUGGACUAACUUCCUUUGAGCCUGAGGCACUGGGUAACCUAGUGGAGGGCAUGGACUUUCACAAAUUUUACUUUGAAAACCUCCUAAGUAAGAAUAGCAAGCCAGUGCACACCACCAUCUUAAACCCUCAUGUACACCUGAUCGGAGAGGAUGCAGCCUGCAUCGCUUAUAUCCGCCUGACUCAGUACAUUGACAGCCAGGGCCGCCCACGCAGCUGCCAGUCGGAGGAGACGCGCGUGUGGCACCGCCGUGAUUCCAAGUGGCUCAAUGUGCACUUCCACUGCUCAGGAGCACCUGCGGCCCCUUUACAAUGAACUACAUCAGGCACAGCUUGCCUGGAUGAUUGGAGCAUGUCUUCUCAGUGGUCGGAUUGGUGCCAAGGGCCCGGCCGGAAGAGAAAACAUAAAAAAAAUUAAGCAACAAAGUUUUAAAUAAGUAAAUAAAUAAAAAUUUUAAAGCCA